AUUUUAAAUAAAUUACAAUAAUCUUAUUUGCAUGAACAUUAGGUUUUUUUAUAAAAAAUGUUAUUUUUUCUUCUUCUUAACAGAAGUUUACUUGCUUAAAGUGUUGCAGUAAAAUCCCAAUCAAGACCCAAAACGUCGUGCUUUGACAUUGAAAUUAUGCCAUUUUGUCUUUAUUUCACUCAGUACAUGCUUUGUUAGGAUGGGUUUUCCACGUCGCGUACGAAGCCAACCGAAGCAAAUCCGCUUAUUUGCAUCAAUCAAAUCGACUAACGAGAAAUUGGCUACACGGAAAGCCUACCCAGCAAAACGAGGACGAUGGGUUUCACCACUAGCAAUAGAAUUGGCGAACAGGCAAUGCGCCACGAUGACGCCAGUGCUUGUCAUUCCGCUCUAACCGAAAGCCCAUCACAGCGAAUGCAUUUGGCUUGCAGCGCUUUCGGGCGCUGGCAAGCUGUCAAAAAGUUACAUCACUUCCAAAUCCGCUUACGAAUGAUGUUUUUACGAUAAAGAAAGGGGAAAGCAACGAUAAGAUUAGUGAAUUUGGUAGUGAAAUGGGGAAAGAAAUGAAUCCAUUUUUUACGAAUCGAAUUGUAUGUUAAAGAGUUCAAAAUGUGUGAAGGUAGGUAGAAAUGUAGUUUAAAUAGUAUAUCAAACAUUUUUUGUACAGAUUUUUGUUUCCAAAUACAAUUGAUUUGCACUAAAACGAAAAAAAUGAGGGGAUACAAGAAUCACGACCAGAUUUCUGGUGGAAAAAUUUUGCGGCACAUAUUCAGAUGAUACGUAAAGGUGGUACAUAUAUCAGCUGCGCAUUGAAGUCCACCUAACUGAAGCGUGUAUAUUACGGGGAUGGUGCGAACUGUCUGAUGAACGAAAUUCAAUUUAAACUCAAAACAAUGGACUGGCUGUUCUUGAAGGUGGUUGAUCCAAAUUCUAUCCGGUAUCGAGCCUUAUGCGAAAAGCUUGUGACGAUGAAAAGCAAAACGUGUAUUCUGUAAAGAUCAUCGAUUGUGGUGUGCACGUGCCUAUCAGGCUAUAGAGAUUUACCAGUGUACCAGGGGCAAAGAAGCACCGGACGACAAGUUGAGGCAGAAAUAACGUGUUCUUAGUUGUUUUUUUUUCGUUGUUGUUUUGCUUCACUUGUUUGAGUUUGAGCUGUCGCUUCGCUCUUUCGAUUAUACGUUUCCGCUUUUGAUGUGCUGGAUGCUUUGAAUAACUCCCGGGCAAAGUAGGUCAUCUCCUUCUUUUCAAAUCAUGUUCCGGUGGUUGAUAUUGCUUUGAUCAAUUUUCGUUUAAAGAUUAGUCGCUUUAUUGUCGCUAGUAAGGACAGCUUUAGAAAUGGCCUAUUGUUGAGGGAGUUUGUUUUGCCGGUUUUCCGAUCGAUAAACUGAUGCAUUUUUGUACAUCUUAAUUGCUUCUUGGAAAUAAUGUAACAGAGUGUACAAAUUUCAUUCAAACGAUAAAAAGAAGGAGUUACGGAGAACAGAAGCUUCCUUAAAGUUUCAACGCAUACAACAAAUUACAUGUCUACCUUGAUUUUUAUACAAUCCAUCGCGUCAGUAGGGAAAUUAAGGAUCAAAAUUUGUGUGAGUUAUGGCUGGAGGCUUUCCAUUCCUGUCAAGAUCCCAGCAAAUAUGCGUGUUAAUUAGGUGUGAGCAAAGGUACACACCUUGAGGGAACAGUAGACCCAGGACGCAAAUUGCUACCUCUGCUGGUUUCGCACUAGAUCUAUCCCUUUUCCCUUUUUCGAUCUGAAAAACGGCAUUCGCUCCGAUUAUCUGCUAAUGAAUCUCUUUCACCGUGUACACCCUCGGGACGCUAAGAAUAAGGUUGCGAUUGCCAUUUUCAGUUAUAUAGGCCCCUUUUCUCUUUUGUUACCUCUGUGUUGCUCUAGCCAAACAACAUCAGACCUGUUACCUGUCUUAUGUAAAAAUCCAUACCAAUGUUGAUUUUGUUCUCAUACCCAGGUACAUGUCCGCUGGCUUUUUCUUUGUGCCCCUUGCCCAUUUUGCUUGGAUGCUUGAACCUUCCAUCAGAGAUUGGACCAUGUUAUGAAAAAGAUAUGGUGUAGGCGUUUGGAUUAAUGUUUCACCCCUUUUUGUGCAUGUUCCAUAACGAUUGCGACCAUGGCUCUCAGCUGAAGGUCAUAAGGGAAGACAUAAGAUCCUUUUUGGGAAUUAUUCGGUAUAUUAGCUCAUUGCUUUAUUGACGUAUCGGAGUGAUUAGAGUUUGCAUCAUGGGUUCUCCCAUGAGAAAACCUUUAUUAGCACUCUAAGCAAAUAAAGUAACCUCAAUUUUUCGUUCGCUUAUUUUAGUAAAACUAUUAUAUUAUAUUGUUUAUCUAUUACAAUGUUUAACUACACAGAUCUUAAACAAAAUUCUAACAUUAUAAAUCGUUUGUUUUAUGUUAUUUAAACAAACUUUGAAGCUACUCGAGCUUCUGCAGGUAUGUUGAUAUUUGCCAUCGUACCUGUUAUAUUUUUAUUCUCUCCAAAAACAUUGAAUAAACAUAACUCUGCAACUUGUUAGGAAAACCCUUACAAUGACCGAAUUGUUCUGUUUCUGUUUUCGCUUUAUUAUUUUCUUUUUUGUCCCUCAUAAAAGAACGGAAAAGGUUGAAUACUUCAUCUCGUAGGUGGAAAAAUAUUUAUCACAUCUUGCGACUGCCACAAAUAAGUUCUGCUUCACUGCUGUCAGUAUGUGGUUGUCGUUCGGGGAAGAACAAGCUCCUGCUUAAGGGUAACAGAAUGAAAGGUUUUGAAAGUAACACAUCACCGAACGAUGCAAGAGUAACGUGUGUGUAUAGUGUUUGAAAAAAUAAGAGAUUUUUUUUGCCUGGUAACAUCUAUUUUGUGGAAGAUAAAAGCGAAAAUAGUGAUAACUGUGUUAUAAUAAUUCGACACUACCUGCCAUGUAUCAUAUGGCUAAGUACUGGCCACUUAAUGAUAUUCAUAUGGGAGCAAACAGUACUUGCUUGCUGCAAAACAGUAAGCCACUGUACCGGCUAGCAAUAGAAGCUAUCACAAGGAACUUUUCCAAUAACCCGCGAUGCCCGAAUUACAGAGCUGCAGUAGACGAGUUACCUUUAGGCACACGGCUAGACUUGUUAGCCGAAAUGUGUGACUACCCUAGCCUGGUGGAUGUUCAGCUGCAGAUUCUUUCCGAUCCACUACUAGUCAGUGACUUUAUCAGAUGUCUGUCCGGUGAUCUAACCCCGCUGGUACAAUGUUUGCAAUGGUUGCAUAGUGUCAAAAAAUCUGUACCGAUCCAACUGUUCCGUCAGUACAAGAAGCUAGCAGAGGAAAAGAUUCGUCCCGGUGGUUAUUCCCGGCUGGAUUACAGAUGUGGGCUACGAAUAGGAACCUUCCUGAUCGAGACUGGUUGGACCGUGGAAGCAAUCGGUAUACUUCAACUUGCCCUACAACUUGCCCGUUUUGGUAGGGAGGAAGAACUCCCCGUGCUGCGCCAGCUGAUGCGAGCUCAAACACUUGCCGGAAAACUGAUCAACGCCAGCAAAACAUACGAACUGAUACAACAAAUGCUGCCUAAAGUAACAUGGCUUGCGAAUUUUGCCCAUGGAAUUCCCGGCAAAGAAAACGAACUACAAAGCUUGCACGAUCUCCAGAUCGCAGUUUUCCAUUCGUUUUCGCUAUACCACUUUGAGGAUUCUUACGUUCAACUCAGUUACCUGUGCGGUAUGGAAUCGUUGAACAGAAUCAGUCAACGAUCUCCUAGUCGGCUUGUUAUCGAUGUUCUUCGGCAGCUUGUUCGCGCUUGUUUAGGCCUUCGAAUGUAUACAAAAGCCGCAUUCAUACUGAAACUAGCGAUCGGUUUAGUUGUGCAAAAUUACGGACGAGUGAGUGCUCUGUACGCUGAAACGUUGGAAGAUCUGGCCAUUCUUUGGCUUGCGUGCAAUAAGGUCGGCGAAAGUGUGAUUGUGUACGCGGACGCUCAGCAAAUCUUCAAGCAGUUGUAUGGUUCAAGGAAUUUGUCGAUUUCGCUUGCUCAGGGCAAUCUGACGUAUGGGUUGUGUCUGCAAGCGUACGUUACUGGGCGCCGCGAAAGUGCUCUGCUUCUUAUUGCGAAGACUCUCAGAAACUAUAAGCGCACCUUGGCGCCGGAUCAUCGGAUGCUGAUACAAGUUCUUCGAUUACGUGUGACGAUGGACCUGUUAACAUUCCCAAAUAGUGUUAAUAGAUGUACCGAUGUGUUGCAGGUGGAACUAUUUGAUCAUAACAAUAUUGAGCCAUUGUCGGUGAGGGACAUCAACGCUCAGAUAGAAUUAAUACAACAAUGGGAUUACAAUGUCAAAAAACAAACAAUGCAAACACUUUAAAAUAAAAUGUGAGUAAGUAAAGGAAGAGGGUUAGAGAACAUCGAAUAAAUUUUAUGAAAUUUUGUUGUUAAGCUGUUGAGUACUUUGCUUUAUGCGCGUUUUUCAUGUUUUUAAGGUUAAGUAAAUAAUUAACAAAAGGAAAAUAAGAAAGAAUAUUGAGUAAAUUUUAAAAACACAGUGGAAUUUUUCGAAUUUUGUGUACUAUAGAGUCAACUCCCUUAUAACCCUUUUAACGAGUUUUUUUACAUUUGGUAGUAUAAAAUUGUCCGAUGGCUAAUCCGAUAGCGCAAGUAAUUGGCUAGAGAGAGAUCAUCGAGAGUGUGUUUUAUUCAAGAUCUCUUAUCGCUGAUGAUAAGGAUCGAAUAAGGAUCAAUAUCACAGUUGGAAAAUUAUAGAAUUUGCGAAAAUUCUAAAGAUAAGAACGACAUUUUCGGUUGACAGUUUAUAGCAGGUUUGACUGUAUUUGUAUUUUAAUUUAUUUUUCUUCUUUUUUUAUUACAAAUUUCUAACGGUUUGCUCUAUUUAUCUCGGAGUAUGAUUUUAACUGCCUAAAUUACUUUAUAAUAAAGGUUCAAAUCAACUUUUAAAUACGAUGAUACUGAUAUUUCUAGUUUUUUUUUUGCUCGGUUAGAACGGC